GAACAAGAAUAGAGCAGCCGAGACAGAAGGUGAAAUAACUCCAACCGAGAGAGACAGAGACAAAGAGGGAACGAUGGAAAAAACAACUGUAAGACAGACAAAAAGACAACAAAAGAUAAACUGAAACAAAACUAAAAACAAUAUUCAGCAACGAGUGGCCAGGACAAGGACCCAUCUGACCCAGAACAGGACUACUACAGAGGGGGACUGACCCACGAUGGACUAUGAACCCAAGAAAUCCAAGAAGAGUUUUGUCUCUCCUAUUAAGCGGCUGGUGUGGUCAAAAUCUAGUCGCAGGCCGGUGGAUCGAGGCAGCAUUUACCGGCGCCCGCUGCACACCGUCCCUCUCUACCCCCCCGACUACCUCAUCCACCCGGAGAGACUCAUCUUCGACUACGUAGAGAAGGAGGUCAAGUUCCUCGGUCACUUGACCUGGGUGUCGGUUUCCCUGAACCCCUCCAGCCGAGACGAGCUGCUGCAGCUGCUGGACACAGCCAGGCAGUUGAAGGUGCUGCCGUUGAAGACCAGCGUGGAUCAGGACUGCAUUCUGAGUCUGUCCGCUCGCUGUCUGCUGCUGACGUGGAGAGACAACGAGAAGCUGCUGGUGAGGAUUCCCACACACGAGAUCGCUGCUGCCUCCUACCUGAGAGACGACGCACUGCACCUGCUGGUCCUCAAGACAGGUCUGAACGUGGAUACAGUGGUUGCUGGGGACGACAGCCUGGACAGGAAAAAGCCAACGGGCAUAGACGGCCGACGUCAAACCAUGAGCUGCAACGCCGACCCCCGGCCCGCAGGGGGCACGAUGGAGCGGCGGCACACCAUCUGCGGAGUCGACUGGAGGCCCUCACUGUCCCGCAGCAGCCACGACAAAAACCAGAAUGUGGAGAGGAGGGAAGGAGGAGGAGGAGGAGGAGUAGGAGUAGAGAGAGGCGGGGGGGAGAGAGGAGGAGGAGGGAGUUUAGAGAGGAAGAGGGUGGGAGGAAGCUGGGAGAGGAGGCAGCAAACGCGCAAAACAGGAGGGAGCUGGGAGAACCGCAGAGCGAGACCCAUGAGCGGGAGCUGGGGGGUGGGGGUGGGAGUGGGAGGGGGUGGCGGUGGAGGGAGCUGGGAGAGGAGGCAUGGGGGAGGUGGGGGAGGAGGGAGCUGGGAGAGGAGGGGAGGAGGUGGUGGCGGCGGCGGUGGGAGCUGGGAGCGGCGGCAAGCCUGCACAGGAAGCUGGGAACGGGGGAAGAGCUAUGGCAGCUGGGAGAGGAGGAACCACAACCCGCUGGAGCCCACGCCCUGCCCCGACGCCUACUGCAACCUGGUCAUCCUGGCUGUGGAGAACAGGGAUGCUGCAGAAGAGUACUGUUCUCUGAUCUGUCAGAUGUUCCAGAUCAUUUACGGCCAUCAGACCAUCGAGUGUGUCGACAGAGCGGGGUUUCAUCACUCCAUGCCGGACCGCUAUUGGCUGCAGAGGAGUGACAGCUGUCUGACUGACAUGUCCUAUGGCUAUGAUCCAGAGUUUAGCUGCUGCAGCUCAUAUGAUGGCUCCCAGGAUGCCUUUGAGCUCUACUACAGUGAGACGUACAGUGAGAGUUCGUCUCUCUCGCUGCAGGACUCCCAUCGCAGUCUGGCUUCAGCCAGUGACGGAGGAGACAGUAACCCCACCCUGCUGCUGAUGCAGGAGUACAUGAUCACGCUGCGUAACAAGCUGAUUCCGGUGGAGUUGCAGCACUUUGCCGUGUUGCUGAGAGAAUACAGACUGGGAUCAAACAUCGACCACUUCUGCUCCGAGCUGCUACAACUGUAUGGUGACAACCGCAAGUUCCUGCUUAUGGGCAUGCGUCCGUUCAUCCCAGACAAGGACGUUGGUGUGUUUGAGAGUUUCCUGGAGAGCAUCGGGAUCCGGGAGGGAGGCAUUUUAACUGACAGCUUUGGACGCAUCAAACGCAGCAUGAGCAACACGUCGGCUACGGCCAUGAGAGGGUAUGAUAACGGCUCUCUGGCCUCAGGAUCGCAGGAAUUCAACCGACGCAUGACUGACAUCACACACGACAUCCAGGCGCUGGGCUUCCAGGACACACACGGAGACAUUGAGGAGGAAGACUACUAUCUCUGAUUUCAGAUCUGGAGCUACAUUAUGAACCAGCCAGACCUCUCAGGUCGUCUGGGACAGGUCUGCUUCCUGUCCCCCAGAGUCAGAACUAAACAGGGGGAAGCAGCGUUCGGUUUUUAUGCUCCACAUAUCUGGAACAAUCUCCCAGAAAACUGCAGUUCCGCUUUUUUUUACACCACACUAACUUUCAUUCUUGUAUUUCAUUUCUGUCUUGUUUAAUGUUAAUGUUUUUUUUACGAUUUUAAUUGUUUCAACUGCUCUUUAAUGUUUUAUGUAAAGCACUUGGAAUUGCCUUGAAUUGUGCUGUACAAAUAAAUGUGCCUUGCCUUGAUGGUGAGAUAAGAGGAUAAAGGGAGAGAGAGAGAGAGAGAGAGAGAGAGAGAGAGAGAGAGAGAGAGAGAGAGAGAGAGAGAGAGA